CCGGCCCCGCCUGUUGAUGUUUCACUUGCUUUUAAUUCCCGGGUCGCAAGAUGGAGGCGGUGCUGGGACGUCGGGAUCUGUUGUUGCUGCCGCUGUCGCUGCUGCUGCCGCCUCUGGCCGCCGCUCUGCUGGGCCCGGCCGCGCCGCUGGGACAGGAAGCAAUUAGAGUUGGUGUUAUGAUGCUGAACACCAGUGGAGAACUUCACAAAGUACAGGUUCUUUUUAACAUCACCUAUGUUAAUGGACAGGUCUAUCUAAAUGACUUUCCUAUGAAGAGCGGGGUUGCCCAUAUAACAUGCCAAACAGUAAUAUUGGAGAACAGAAGCUUGGAUAACUUACCGGAUCAGCAGCAGCUGGGAACCGUCAGUGUUCGAAUCAUGGUUCACGAGUGGCCUUUGUCAUCCACGUCUGAUUUGCAGCUGAUUGUCAUUCAGGAAGAAGUGACAGAAGUUGAUGGAAGACAGGUUCAGCAGGAAGAAGUAACAGAAAUAGAUAUUUUAGUAAAGGACCUGAGAGUACUUAGACAUUCCAACUACACCGUCCCUUUGAAAGAGAGCAUGCUGUACUCCUUGCCAAGGGACAACGACGUGUUAUUUACACUGCCCAACCUCUCAGGAAAAGAUAUUCAAGAUCCACUGCAGACUACCAGUCAGUACCUCAUCCAGCAAGUAGAAACUACAGUGGAUGAAGAGACAUUACCUGGCAAGUUACCAGAGACCCCUCUUAGGAUAGAACCUCCAUCUUCUUACAAGGUGAUGUGCCAGUGGGUGGAAGACUUGAGAAAAGGGUUGUGCAGAUUCUGGUUUCAAUCUCUACCUAUCUUGUUUAGUUUCAUGGAAGUUGUUGUUGUUGGAGUUGUUGGAGCAUCUCUUAUUAUCAAAGUCUUAAAGCUGAUUCUUCCUUCCUGUGAAAAUAAAGGCAUCCUUCUCCUGGAUCAAGUCAGCUUUGUACCUGUGACUACCAUCAGCCUGCCUUCAGACCUUUCAGACAGGAAAAAUAAUUUAGAUGAGAAAGCAUGUACUUAAUGCUGUAUUUACUUUGGAGUUACUGGUUUCUAAACACACACUUUUAGUUGAUCUGAUAUUUGGCACCUGAUCUUAAUACCUUGUUUUUUUCCUACUAAGAAAACUAAGUCAGUUGAUUAAUUGAUAAACAGCCACUCAGGCCAAGGCCCAAAGCUGACUUCCUUGUGCCUCUCCAUAAACAAGCAGCCUUUUCAGAAGCUUCAAAGUAGAACAGCUGUCUUUUCAGAGGUUUUAAAAUAGAGCAGCUUUCCACCCUGAGGGCUACCAUUGGUUUUAACUUCUGUGAAGUCACUUUUACACACCUCAGACAGGAUAUGCUGGCUGCCUUCAUGCCCAUAAACCAAGUCAGCUGUCCUGACUAAUAAGAUCAUGAAAUUCAGGGUGUCCUUAAGUCCAGAGAUAGCAUUCUUUUAAAAAAUAUGAGGAAAUAUUGCAAACAUCAGCUGUGCCUGCAAACCUAAGCAAAGCUACCCCACCUGGUUCCAGGUCUCAUAGGGUUGAGCAUGUCUUGCAAGGAAGAUACCACUACCAAACAUUUGUGUUACUCAAAAGAUCUGACACUUCAUAUAUGCAAAACAAAAAUUUGAACGGAACAUUUAUAUUUCAAGCACUUUACAUUUUUAUGGCCCCUUCCACUCAUAAAAACUGUUAGCAGUUGUAACCAGCUUGCUUUUUGUAUCUGUGACAGCAGUACUCUAUGAAGUCCCAGAAGAAAAAUGAAAAUUCCAUUAAAUUCUACAGAAAUACUGGCUUACUAUUGCUGAGUAGGCCCAGUCUGCUCAUGCCAGUUUGUACUGUUAACAUUUUUCAAAUAAACAUUUAAAUUGUUUAUUA